AAGCCGCUCCCCGUCUCCAUAGCGACGACACCCCGGAAAUACAACACAUCCCGACCACUGGCGACCAGCUUGCUGUACUCUUAUCUUCUGUUUAUCCUAGUGGAACAAAAGCGAGUUUGUUUGUUUGUUAAUUAUUCGGUUGAGCCGGUAAACAUGUCGGAGCCUGAGGAGGAACUCCAGGGAGAGCAGAGACACAGCACGAAGAAGAAGAAGAAAGAGAAACGGAGCGCGAAGAAGAAGAAGAAGAAGAAGAAGAAGGAGGAGGAGGAAGAGGAGGAGGAGAAGCGGGAGGAAGAGGAGGUGGAGGAAGAAGAGGAAGCCGAAGAUGACAACAGUGAGUGUGUCGUGCUGCGUGGGAUCUUCAAACUGGGGAAGAAGAGUCACGACGUCCUGCUCACCCGAACCAGGCUGACGUGGAUCCCCAUCACCCCGGAGACCCCCACAGGUGUUGCGUGCGCGCUGCAGCCGGGCGUGCUGCUGCUGCGUGACGUGUUUGCGGUGAAGGUGAAGCGGCGGCGAGCGGCGGGCCAGUCAUCGGGGGGACCCGUGCUCGGCGUUGCCCUGUUCUGCUGCCGGAGGAGGGGGAGGAGGCUAGAGGAGGAGACGCUGCACCUCCACAACGCCUCUGCAGAACACACACAGACCUGGUACAACACCUUGAAGGAGCUGCUCCCAGAGUCCAGCAUUCGUCCCAGGUAUCUAAAGGUUUUCAUCAACCCCAGCAGCCACAAGAAGGAGGCCGUCCACAUCUACAGAGAACAUGUGGCUCCACUCUUCAAGAUGGCGGACGUCCGCACUCACAUCACUGUGACAGAAAGGAAAGGUCAUGCUCUCUCAGUGAUGAAGGAAUGCAAGCUGGAUGAAUAUGAUGGGGUGGUGUGUGUUGGUGGGGAUGGGUCGGUGGCGGAGCUGUGUCACGCUCUGGUCCUCAGAGCUCAGCUGGAUGCUGAUUCUCCAGAGAAACCAGUGAAACCAGUGCUGCCACUUGGAAUCAUUCCUGCUGGCUCUACAGACGUGGUUUCCUGUUCUGUUCAUGGAGUCAGAGAUCCAGUCACUGCAGCCCUGCACAUCGUCCUGGGUCACAUGCAGCAGGUGGACAUGUGCAGCUUCUCGUCUCUCGGCCAGUUGGUGUGUUUCGGUUUCUCCGCCAUGUUCGGUUUCGGUGGGCAGAGCUUAGCGCGGGCCGAGAAGAAGAGGUGGAUGCCGUCAUCGCGGCGCCGAGAGUACGCACUCGUGAAGACGCUGGCGAGGCUGAGACCAGAGGACUGUCAGCUGUCUUUUCUCCCUGUGAAGAAGUCAAACGGAGACCAGGACCCAGAGUCAGAGGGGGAGGCGUCUUGGACGACUAAUCAGGGCCUGUAUCUAAGCAUCAGCAUCAUGUCCAUUCCCUGUCUGAGUCCACACGCACCUCAAGGACUGGCUCCCAACACCAGUUUGGCAAAUGGCAGCGCAGCAUUGAUCGCAGUAGGAAACACUUCCAGGUCUGAGUUCAUCAAACAUCUGAAGAGAUACAGCAGCUCUAGUGGACAGUUCAGCUUCUCAUUCGUGGAGACUCAAGCCGUGUCAGCGGUGAGGAUUUGCCCCCGCUCCCUGAUUGGCUGGUCAGAGGAGGAGAGUGAGGAAGAGGGCGAGUCCAAAACCUCGGCCAUCAUCCAAUCAGAGGGAGCCGCCUUCCCCUGGAACAUCGACGGGGAGCUGGUGGAGAUUGCUAACGAAGUGCUCGUCAAGGUCCACCCGCAGCUCAUCACUCUGUACGGGGAGGAGGUGGACGAGGCCGAGUCGACCGUCCCAUGUAGCUGCUUCUGACUCCGGCAGGGGGAAGCUCAGGAGCAAGACACAUCGCCAUGGUAACCACAUUGACUUAACAGCCCCCUCUCUAGGUCAUUACUGUUUCCAUGGCGAUGUGAACUUACUCACAUAAAAUGUUAUUAUGUUAAUUACAAGCUCAUCUCUUAAUAUUAUUUAUAUCUUUUUUUAUUACAAUUUUCAUUUUGUUUUUUUCAUGACCACUUUCUGGUUCUGCUGCAGAGCAAAAUAAUCCUCUGUCAUUGAAAUUUUUUUAAAAAUUGAAUCCAAACCUAUAAGGAAAGGUUUCUUUUCCAUUAGCCGAGUCUUGAGUAUAUUGAUUAUUGUUUAAAUAGUGUUUGUUUGUUUGUUGGUGAGAGUCUAGUAACUUUUAUAUUUUAAUA